UCAUCUUCACUUUGAGUCAUACCAAAGCCACUUGGAUUCCAUAAAUUUUAAAUUUGACAUCUUUUUUAAGUGUUCUGAUUCGGGUCCCUACUAUUUUUUUGUUUGUUUUUUUCCUUAUUUAUCAUCUCCUUUAUCUUUUGUAACUUGUGGGUUAUGUGAUACGUUUGGUGCACUACUCUGCUUUCAUGUUUUUUCUAUGAAGUGGGUGUCAUGCUUUGGUGCCUCUUGUCUUGUUUGUUUUAGCUUCUGGGGUUUGUGGUUGUGUCUUGAAGAUUGGUUUGGUGAAGUGGGAGUUUUGAUAUGAUGGGUUCAGGUACUAAUUUGGUUACUACAGUCAUUGGGUUUGGAUUGAGUGCAACUUUCAUUGUGUUUGUCUGCACAAGAAUAAUCUGUGGAAGACUAAGAGAGCGUGUGGGAUCAAGGACUAUAUAUGAGAUUGAAUCAAGAACUGAUAUAGAACGGCCAGAACAUCUUGUUAGUGACCCUGAACCUGCUUUUGUUGCUGCAAUUCCCACUUUGAAGUUCAAUCAAGAGGCCUUUUCUUCCAUUGAAAGUACACAGUGUGUGAUAUGUUUGGCAGAGUACAAAGAAAAAGAGUUAUUGCGCAUUAUACCUAAAUGUGGCCACAGUUUUCAUCUUUCUUGCAUUGAUACAUGGUUGAGAAAACAAUCUACAUGUCCUGUAUGCCGUUUACCGCUGCAGAAUGCUUCUGAAACAAAACAUGUGAGACCUGUAACAUUUACCAUCAACCAAUCUCUUGAUGAGUCUAAUACUUCAGAAAGGAACACUGUUAAUGAGAGACAAGUUGAACCUAUUGCUAGUAACUCCUUACAAUUAACUGCCGGAGAACCAGAAGCAAGGGAGUGAUAUAUAAGAGUGCUAAAGGAGUGGUUGGGGUUAUUAGUGUGUGCCUGACCUGUUUCUGUAAAGUAAUGCUUCUAAAUAGAUUGGAUUCAAAUUCUUUGUUUGUUUUAUGGCCUUCAUAUUCACUUUGUGGUGUAAAAUAGGUCAUGCCUACAACUACAAUGAAUUCGGUAGCUUACAUGUCAGGUUCAGGUUUUUAACUUUUUGAGUCGGUUAUGAAAUUAAUCUUGAGAGUUAAAA